GUUGUUUAACCUUGGAGAAGAAAGUUUUAGCGGUGUCCGAUCAAAUUAAUAAGCAACCGGAAGUUCCAGCCCACCUCCUAUAUAUUUUGGAAUAAGGGCAUAAAAACACUAAAGAUGACUGACUCAAAGUACUUCACCACCACCAAGAAAGGUGAGAUAUUUGAGUUGAAGGCGGAGUUAAACAGUGAUAAGAAGGAAAAGAAAAAGGAGGCUGUUAAGAAAGUCAUUGCUAGCAUGACAGUUGGAAAAGAUGUGAGUGCACUGUUCCCAGAUGUUGUAAAUUGUAUGCAGACAGACAAUCUGGAGUUGAAGAAACUGGAUGAAGAUCCGUAUGUGAGGAAGACAGCAGCUGUAUGUGUAGCUAAACUUCAUGAUAUAAAUGCACAGCUUGUGGAGGAUCAGGGAUUCUUGGAUCUUCUCAAAGACCUUCUGUCAGAUUCCAACCCUAUGGUGGUUCCAAUGCUGUUGCACGCUAUAUCAGAGAUUAUGGAUGCUCCCCUAAUGCUGGCCGCAGGUGUUAGAGAUGACUCGGGAACCAUCAUAAGCUUCUUAGCUGCUCUUAAUGAUGUGGGGUCAGGUAUUUAUUCUGGAAUUCAAUCUCAACUAACACCUAAAGAUGGAGAGGGAGGCAGCAGAGUAUUUGUGAGAGAGUCAGCACCACGAUUAGGGCCCAUGCUUAAUAGCAGGCUGUGGUGGCUUCUUCUGCUGUCAAGGGUUGUGAUGAAGCUGAUGGAAAUGUUGGACACUUCAGGCGAUUACGUGUCAUCACUGGUGAAGAAAUUAGCCCCACCCCUUGUCACACUGCUCUCAGCCGAGCCAGAAAUACAAUAUGUAGCUCUGAGGAAUAUCAACUUGAUUGUACAAAAAAGGUCAGACAUCUUGAAGAACGAGAUGAAAGUAUUCUUUGUAAAGUAUAAUGAUCCUAUAUACGUGAAGCUGGAGAAACUAGAUAUCAUGAUACGACUAACCAGCCAGUCUAACAUCGCACAGGUCCUUGCUGAACUUAAAGAAUAUGCCACAGAAGUUGAUGUAGAUUUUGUACGUAAGUCUGUUCGAGCUAUUGGUCGCUGUGCCAUCAAGGUAGAGCCUGCGGCAGAGAGGUGUGUUAGCACAUUGUUAGAUCUUAUACAGACCAAGGUCAACUAUGUUGUACAGGAGGCUAUUGUUGUUAUCAAGGAUAUAUUCCGUAAAUACCCAAAUAAGUAUGAAAGCAUAAUUGCCACACUGUGUGAGAACUUAGACACUCUUGAUGAGCCAGAAGCUCGCGCCUCAAUGAUCUGGAUCAUUGGAGAGUAUGCAGAACGUAUUGACAAUGCUGAUGAACUUCUGGAAAGUUUCCUUGAGGGAUUCCAGGAUGAGAACACGCAGGUUCAACUACAACUGUUGACAGCCAUCGUGAAACUGUUCUUGAAGAGGCCUACAGACACCCAGGAGCUUGUUCAGCAAGUACUUAGUCUGUCCACACAGGACAGUGACAAUCCUGACUUGCGUGACAGAGGAUACAUAUACUGGAGAUUGCUGUCGACAGAUCCUGCUGCUGCAAAGGAAGUUGUCCUUGCGGAGAAGCCUCUUAUCUCGGAGGAGACUGACCUGAUUGAGCCGACGUUGCUGGAUGAACUGAUAUGUCAUAUCUCAAGUCUGGCAUCCGUCUACCAUAAACCUCCUAAUGCAUUUGUUGAAGGACGUGGCGGUCAAAGACGUGUCUUACCAGCUAAAUCUCAACAAGAAGGCACAGUUGAGGAGAUGUCGGCACCAACAGAGACCACACAACAACCACCCCAGCCUACUACAGUCAUACCUGGUGCUGACUCACUCAUUGGUGACCUCCUUGAUAUAGAUCUCGGCCCAGGACCGUCAAUGAUGCAGCAACAAAUGUACCCACAACAACCCCCGGUACAGACACAGGCCAGUGGUGGUGGUGGUGGUAUGGACAUCUUCGGAGAGGGGCUGGAUAAUCUUCUUGGUGGGGGACCAUCGGGUGGAGAUAUGCUGGGUGGACUUGGCGAUAUUUUUGGAAUGCCUCAGUCUCAAUCAUACAUUCCACCACAAGAAGUUUGGCUCCCCGCUCCGAAAGGAAAGGGGAUGGAAAUCACUGGAACUUUUGCACGGAAAAAUAACCAAAUUAAUAUGGAACUGACUUUUACAAACAAAGCUAUGCAGCCUAUGACAGGCUUUGCUAUACAGUUUAAUAAAAAUAGUUUUGGGUUAAUGCCGGCACAAGUUUUAAAUAUUCGCAGUCCCCUGCCACCAAACCAGAGUGCUAGCACUUCAUUACCUUUGAAUACUACUGGCCCAAUACAAAAAAUGGAGCCUCUUACUUUAUUGCAGGUUGCCAUUAAGAACAAUAUAGAUGUUUUCUACCUAUCCACACAAGUACCACUACAUGUGUUGUUCGCAGAGGAUGGAGAAAUGGAGAAAAAAAUAUUCCUAGCUACAUGGAAAGACAUUCCAGCCAGUAACGAGGUUCAGUACACAAUAAAUAAUGACCAACACAGUGCUGAUACAGUAUCUCAGAAAUUAAGGAACAACAAUGUUUUUACCAUAGCAAAGAGAAAUGUAGAAGGUCAGGAUAUGUUAUACCAGUCCUUAAAAUUAACUAACGGAAUAUGGGUGUUAGCAGAACUCAAAAUACAGCCCUCUAAUCCAACAUUUGUGUUAUCAUUAAAGUCAAGAGCUGUAGAUGUAUAUGAAGCUGUCAGACAAGUUUAUGUCAACAUUCUACAUAAUUAGACCCAAUAAAAACAACAACAACAUUUUAAUUAACUACAAUUGGUGAAUAUUUUAUAUAGAACAAAAAAUGCAUUAUUGGAUUUGGUGACCAGUGCUUAAAAAAAUCCAUUACGGGAUUUAUAAAUCUUUUGGAAAAUAUGGAAAAUAACUGAAAUUAUCAUCAAAUAGUACACUACCCAGUAAUUAUCAUCAAAAAUAUUUUGUUAACAUGAAAUGAUCAACAAAUAGAACUAGAUUUAUCAUAAAGAAGAACUUGAAUUGUCAACAAAUUGAAGUGGAAUAAUAAUUGAAUAGAUUUAGAAUUAUCAACAGAUUGAACUGGAAUUAUCAUUAAAUUGAACCUGACGGGUUAUCACCAACCUGAAAUGGAAUUAUCAACAAAUUUAACAGGAAUUAUCAUUGAAAUAAACAUUGAAUUAUCAUGGAAUAGAAAUUGUGUAAUAUUAAAGAGCAUCCGUUUUAGAUAUUUUAAUUAAACAUGUAUAUGAUAUGUCAUAUUUGAUAACACCUGAAAAGAUGCAAGAAUACAUUUAGAAACAGUUGACAGUUAAACUUUACACAUAUUGUUUAUUUAUUAGACCACUAGAUUUGUGUGAUGUUGUGAAAUUUUUGUGUGCUUAUAUUUAAGAUAAUUUAUUGAAAUGAUGUUUUAACUUAUCAUUAAUUACCUGAAAGAUUACCUGAUUACUAAAAUUUGGUUUACCAAUUUGAUUUACCUGCUGUACAUAAAUAUAUAUGCAUGUAUAUAUGAUAGUCUUCAUAUACCAUUUAAGUGUGUUAUACAAACAUGCAUUUUGGUUAAGGUUUUAAAAACAAAAACAAAGAAUGAAAGUAAACAAUUUGUUGUGAAAAUGUAUUAUCAGUUUUAAAUAUUGUUAUUUAAAUGAAUAUAACUGUAUGUUUAGUGCAAUACAUACAAAUAAAGAAUUUCAUACUCA